AUGGCCGCUCUGGAUCCGCUCCUUCUCACUCAAACCUCAAUGACAAACACGAACUCGGCGACGUUGACUACCACAAACACUCCGGUGGCACUAGGAGUUCCAAACACCCCCGUCAUCAAUUCCCAUAACAACCAAAGCCAGGCCGCAGGCUCUUUGGAAGAAGGCGAUGAUUCCGAUUCAAAGCGUAAAAAAUUGAGCCACUACCAGGAGCAUGAGGAUGUUGAACUCUGCAAGGCCUGGAUAGCUAUAACUGAAGAUGCAAGAAUCGGAACCGACCAGAGUGGGGCAACUCGAGCCAUCACCCAACCGAAGCGUCCUCAGAAAAGUGUGAAGAGUCGAUGGGGACUGCUCCAGAAGGACAUCAACAAGUUUCAAGCAUGCGUCAUCCAAGUGGAGAACAUGAACCAAAGCGGGGCCUCCGUGGAAGACCUCUUGAACAUGGCCCUGGAACUUUACUCUGAGAAUCAAGGAUCGACCUUCUAUCAUAUCCGAUGCUACAACAUACUUGUGAAGUGCCCCAAGUGGCAUGACUACUUUCGUCAAAACACCGCAAAGAAAAAUUCCAAAAAACGUGCCAGAAGUCCAAGCAGUGAAGUGCCUCAAUCUCUCCCGACCUCGGAACCAGCCACCUCCACAACCGCAGAAGACCGAUUGGUUGCAGAGGAAUCCCAGACUGAUACAGCUACCGACCGGCCUAUUGGCAAGAAGAAGGCGAAAGCGAUUCACCGAUCUAAAAUGGAAGGAGACAAUGACUGGAAAGAAGAAGUGGCAGCGGCUCAGAAGGAAAUAGCGACUCAAGCAAACCAUCAAAACAACAUUGCUGACAUCAAAGCGCAAUCAAUGAAAUCCAUCGCAAAUACCGCCAAGACAAACGCGAUUACUGCAAUCAUGACAAAAGACUUGACGGGCUGCACUCCAACUGCCCAGAAAUACUUUGAACUCAAGCAACAGCAGAUUCUGGAAUCUCUUGAAUCCAACAAUUAG